CUUUGGCAGGCAACCAACAAUGUAGACGACUCGAGAAACUUUAACCAUUUUUUACACCCAGGUCUGUGUGUGUAUACUCGUGUAACAGUCGAAUUGGUCAUGUUGGAUUAGUCACAGACGGAUAUUUCUGAAAAGGUAGUACCGAGGUUGCUUUAUUUUUUAAUAAUAAAACCAAACCAAAAAAAAAAAAAAAGUUUUGCAGGCUUAGCUCACAAAAGAACUUAGCUGUGUGUUAGCUAAGCAUGAAGGAUUAAGUGAGCUAGCAUUAACGGCACAAAUAUCUCCAGAGAUAGGGCAGAACUGUAUGGAAACAUAUUAGGAGUAGAAAAUUGAAGCAGCCCUGGAGUUAAAAAGUGAAAAUUUUCAGUUUUGUUGAAGAAGCUGAUAGAAACGCGCAGUUCUUCUUCUCCUCCUCCUCUUCUUCUUCUCCUCCUUGUGAGCUCGGGAUGUCGUCUCGCACCGGUCUGCAGCCUCUCCGAGCUACAGUGCCUUUUCAACUCCACAACAACAACAACAACAACACCACGAAAACUCCAGCACAGAGAUGGAGGGAGGCCAAACCGGUUGAGUCCAAGACAAAGGCGCGUCCCCCGAAGCCGACGCUGAGACGGACCCAUUCCUUGGACACAUUAGUGGGGCCGUACCUGCAGGGCCAAUGGCCCAAACAGCCCGAGAGCCAGACGCUAACCUGUGUCAAUGACAAAGCCACACAGACCCCAAAUUCAUGGACUGAGGAAACACGGGGGAGAAGAGGAGGAGUGGGGCACAAGCGCUCGGCAUCAUGGGGCAGUGCCGAGCACCUCCGAGAGGUUGCGAAACUGAGGCACUCGCUCCAAAAACGCUCCAGACACGCACCUCCUCCUGCUGGCUAUGAGCGCCUUCAUCAGCCCUCACCUACGAUCCAUACACACAUGCCUGGAGCCACGCAGACCAUCCCUCUGUUGCCCCUAAGCAGGCUGGCUCCCAGACUGCGGCGCAGUGUAGAGGGGCUUAACCUGGAGCUGGAGGGAGUCUUUGUGUCUGAAACAGCAGAACAACAACGCAAGAUUCUGGAUGUGCCAGAUGGUCACAGAGCACCUGUUCCAGUGUUGAGGUGCAGCAGUGGCUCUCAGAGUGACCUUUCCCCUGGUCUCCUCUCCCCCUCACAGUCACCCUGCCCUAUAGAAGAGUCCGGUAUGGUCGUGUGUGGGCCACUGGAUGCCUCUCAUUCGCCUUCUUUAUAUGUGAUUGAUGCACCAUCGUCAUCCCCCCUCCCCAACAAGACCUACGCCUUUCAGAGAGAGCCACCAGAAGGCUGCGAGAGAGUACGCGUGUGUGAGGAGGCCUUUUCUCCAUGCCAUGGUGAACCUCCUGCUCAGCCUUCCUGCCCUGACCCCAACAAAGUGAACUUCACUCCGCACGGAGGCUCGGCUUUCUGUCCUGUCAGUCUUCUGAAGCCCCUUCUCCCUUCCAUGGACUUGUUGUUUCGUGGCCUGUCCGUCUCACCUGUGACUGGCUGCUCUGGCCCAAACCCCGCCCCCUGUCCGACAACCGCACAUCCAGUGAGUGGAUACCUGAGCGGGCCCCUUCCAGACUCUACCACCUCCUCCAUUUAAAAAGAUGGGAGAUAUGAGAUGGCAAACAAAAGAGCAGCGGACUGAGGUUUUGUGCCAUCUCAUCAUAUAACUGACCAAGUAAUGGCUUACCAGUAGUCCUAGCAAACACUAAGUGUUUACUUUUAGACUAAAUCAGGAGAUGAGCGAGAACAGGAAAAUCCCACCAAAGAACAGUACGAAGAGCUCGGUCACACUCAGGACAAACCCUCAAAUUUCAUUUGUGAACAGAUUAUCAAAGCACACAGGAAGGUACUGAAUGUGUAUGCAAAGCUGAAUAUUCUCUGUUUGAAAUAAUGGCCCGUUUCCUUUAGCUGCUUUUGAUGAGGCUUAGUGGGUUUUGAACCUGUGCUUACGGAGCAUAGAGAGACUCUUGGUGAUGUCAGCUUUGAUUCAAAGAAAAUAUGUUAAGCCCCACAUACUGACUUCUAAUCCAGAUGUGUAUUUUGCUCCACUUGGCCCUUUUGUACUCUACUGUAGAGUCGACAGCUGAUACAAGACCCCCACAAUGGGUUCGUCUUAUUUAAGUCCACUAAAUUUGUUUUACACCACAGAGCUGACAAUCCUGUUUUAUUUAUUAUUCAGUCUCCCUUGAGCUUUGCAGCUUCAGUUAUAACUUGGCAGUGACGUGCAAUGCAAAAGAUAUGCUUGCCCCUUUGUUCAAUUGGUCAAAUGGCGAACUGUCAGCAGAAACCUGUAUGGGAUUGACCAGUUAGGUUUAAGUUCACUAAAUGAUGGUGAGGUCUUUUGAUUUAAUAUUGAUGAUGACUUAUGAAUUAAAAAAAAAAAAACACAUUUAUACAAAGACAUCUUUGAUAUUACCCAGAAAGAGCCGACAUACAUGGAUUUGAAUUAAAAGGUUUGUAUAUAGUAUUGACCUGAGAGGAUGGAAUAUUUUCAUUCAAAAUUGAAAGCGGACAAAGGCACUGAUUUCUUGCAUAAUGCCUUGUAUUUUUUUUUAAACUGUAUUUUUGAUAUUCAGAAAGAAUAUUUUCUUUGGUUUGUCUGUUUUCCAUGUAUAUAAAAAAGACUGAACUCUUGUGCAUUUAUCAAGGUAAAUAUCUAUAUUAGAAUGUAGCAAGUACAAGUAUGUUUGUAUUAUAGCACUAAACACAGUCAGUGAAAAUUCAGCUUUGUGGUCAUUGCACAAUAUGUUGUUUUUUUGGGAUUCGUCAGGAUCUGAUGUUCCUGUCACCAGUGUUGCAAUAGUGGAAAUCUGACUCAUUGGAAAAGCUCACUCUGAUGUUUAGAAAGCUUUAGGAAGUAAAAGAUGUGCUGGUGGUUGCUAAUUUAGUGUUACAGAUAUCCCACCAAAACGUACAUAAUUUAAUGUCCUCGCACAGCUGUGUGUGUGUGUGUGUGUUAUACAAAAGUAAUGCCCUUUUGUACCUAGAACUCGCAGUAUCCCAGAUUCUCAGGGUAGUUUUGUUAAGAUUCCGUUUGAAUUUCAACUCGAUGUACUGGGUGAAGUCAGUUCCAUUUCUGUAAAUGUAAAUGAAUGGUUAUCAGGGUGUUUUUGUGUACCUUUUGCAUCUAUUUGUUCUCUGAAAAAGGUGCUUUGUAACGUUGCGUCUUAGGUUUACAUUUCUCUCUUUAUUUGUUGUUGUUUAUGACCUGCAGUAAAUCAACAAAGUCUUUUCUUCUCAGAUUGGACUGCUGCAAAAAUGGCUUGCUUGUACUAUUUUCAGUUUAUGCCUUUUUU